AUGCCAAGGACGGAUGUCUGCGCCAACUGUAAGGAAAAUUUGAUGUCAACAGGAACGCUCCUGAUGCAUGUCGUUAUCACCCUUGUCAGAGACUUUGAAUUGGACAAAGACCUAGAGGUCUGGGGCACGAUCGACGACAUUGGACAGUUUUACGAAAUGGACAGCGAAGAAUCUCGAGCUGAUGUUCCAGAGGGCUUCAGAUGGAGCUGCUGCCAACGCGUUGGCGACGUGGAAGGUCGUCAUGAGGAGCAACACGUGGCCGUAUUGGAAUACAGCCCUUUGACAAUGGGGAAUUUCGGUGAGGGCAAUAGGGCGGAACCUGAAGUGGAGAUUCUAGGAGAGCGAAGUCGUGACAAACGCAAGGCAGAAGAGGAUAUCAUCGGCAUUGCGCAAAAGGUCAGAACGGGGCCUUGACGGUUUUAGCUAGGACAUUGAUUGCUUGAACGCAUGGGGAACGUGGAAUUCGAUCUGCUUGUGACCUCAACAUUUUGUGAUAUAGCAUCUCGCUCAAAGGAGGCCAAGUACGAAUACAAUGGAGUUGCCAAGAUCUCAGCCCUUG